CCGAAAAUGGAGAAAAAGGUCCAAUCGUGCUUCAUCCCAGACUGCCAGAACACCUCAUCCCAGGAGCUCCUCUACCCGUUCCUGAUCGACACAAACGACAUAAACUCCCGGAUCAUGGGUGUGGGGUCUCCAGAGCUAGUGCAGAACGUCCCAGAGGACCGCAAGAGGAUCUGCGAGCAGUACUUCCUCUGCACUGAUCACAUAAACUUCCUGGAUUCCACCCAAGCCACGGAGAAAAUCGAGAAAGCAGACGAAGAAUCAGCAGAAGACGAUGCCAAGAAAUCUGAAGAAGAAUCACCUGAUCAACUCUCCCAGCAGCUGAGCAGUCUCACGGUCUCACAGCCUCGAGAGGACCCCGACGAUGUCGACGUUGCAGGGAUGAUCGAGGCUCCAGAGACUGAAAAAUCAGAAGACUACAUCGAGCUGGAGAACAUCUCCCAGGACUUGAAUUCGAUAUUUGAAGUGAUCCCUGAGGACUUCACGAACGUCUGCAGACUCUGCGGAAGGUGCACUGAUGACCCUCUCCCGAUAUUCUCAGGGGGUAACGAGGGGGAUGAGCUCAGUCUCGUCGAGAAAAUUCGGUAUUAUCUUCCCAUCAAAGUCGAUGUCAACGAUAGCCUUCCUAAGGUGAUCUGUAGAGAGUGCAGUCAACAUCUGGACAAGUCCCACGACCUGGCGAUCACUUCUCUGGCCACAGAAGCUCUUCUGACAGGUUCAGUUUCGAAGGAAGAACUGAUGGGGAAAAAUGCUGCAGGGAAAGAUGGGGAGAAAGUUCCGGUUGGUUCUGAUGAGCUGGUUACAUCUAUUCAUGCAGAGAACAGGAAUGAGGGGAACUACUCUCAGAAGAAUGUCAGUGAUGCAGUUCAUCUCGAUUGCUCGCAGUCGUUGAUCACCAGUGAUGAGGAUGAGGCGCCUUUCACGACGUUCGAGGGAUUGAAGGUUCUGAGGACUUAUGGGAAGAAGAGGCCACUGCCUCAGGGUGCCGGCGGCUAUGCUGUUAAGAAGAAGAGGGAGGAAGCAAUCUUCGAGACGUGGUACAAAUGUAACAUGUGCGUGGCCUCCUGCACAGACCUGCAGGUCAUAAAAUUCCACAAACACCGGCACAGGCUGAGAAGACCUGUUCUCUUCUGGUGCAGCUUCUGCGCCACUGAGUUUCCCAAGGAGUCCACCUUCACCAAUCACGUCCUGGCGGUUCAUAAAAAGGAGCCGUGGGCUCUGAGUCACGCCUACAAGUGCAUCACCUGCCACAGAGUCUUCUCCCUCAAGACGACUGCACAGACUCACUACGACGCCAAAUGUGCAAUUGAUCUAGGUGAGGAGAAUGGCACCAAGAUUUGCGCUGAGCCCGUCUACCUCAGGUACGCCUACACCUGCGAAUUCUGCUGGCAAGGGUACGCCUAUGUGUCCAGUCUGAAUACACACAGGAAUCAGGAGCACCCAGAGGAGAAUCCCAGGGUCAAGGGGAUUGAGAUUAGCGAGACGAAGAGGAGGGACAGGAUCAUGGAGUUGUGUGGAAUCAAGCGUGCCUUCGCCUGCAAAUUUUGCUCCAAAAUAUUCACUUCGCUGGAGAACUUCGUGCAGCAUCGGGAGGAGCAUUUGGAUGGACUGUUCAGGUGCUCCAUCUGCAAGGGAAGUUUCUGGAAUUAUGAGGACUUCAAGCAGCAUCGGGGGACUCAGCACGACUACAAGAUUAUUCUGAGGGAAGUCAGUGGAGAGCAGCUGGACGAGAAUGGGCAGACUACUUCGAGUUCAGAGAGUGAGAGCGUGGAGUAGUCUCGGGAGUCGAUGAAUUUCUGCUCAACUUCUUGACGAUUUUUAAUGGUUUCGAGUGAACAUUGAGGCGAUUUGGGCUUUAUA